AUGGAGUGAAAGAAACCUGACAGAAUUGCAUCUGCCCUGUUAUGAUUCGAUUUGCGACUCUGCCCGAGUUGCAUCUGCACUGUUAUGACUCGAUGUGUGACUUUGUCCAGAAGGUUUCAGGGUGUUUGAGGCUCAAGCUGUGAAACUCAAGUAUGGACAUGGAGGAAACAGUCGCUGCCUUGCUCUCUGAGAACGAGCAGCUCGGGCAGGAAAAUGAUCAUCUGAAAACAAUGCUGAGUCUAGUCAAGGAAAACAGAGACCUGAGAGCCAGGAUGCAGAGCUUCAACAGUGACAGUCUGGAGGAGUUCACAGUUUCCUCAACUUUCGGAAGAAAACCCUUCGUCCUGUCGCAAAACACGUGUGAUGAGAGUAAAUUCAGAAAAGACUUGCAACAGACCAAAAAUGAACAUCGAACCUCAUCCCCUACCGACUUCAAGUCUUUCAUCCAAAGCUCGGUGCACGCAGACGGCAGCGAUUUUCAAACCAGCCAGGCUCAUACUCCUCUGGAGGUCAAAGGUCCAAAAAGGCUCCUGGGAGAGAUUGCUUACCAACUGGACAGGAGGAUUCUGUCCCAUAUCUUCCAGGGCCAUAGGAGGCUUUAUGGUUUCACAGUGGUCAAUAUUCCAGACAAGAUCAUUGAGGUGAGCACACACCCGCUGACAGGGAUGGUAGACGAUGGCUACCGGCUUCAUCUCACGCAGAGGUAUGCUGACCUCAUGGAGAGGCUCAACCAGAUUGGGUAUAAAAAAAACCUUCACCCUCCUUUUGGGGAGUUUCUUGUAAACACCUUUGGGAUCCUGAAGGACAGACUGGGUGAAGGCAGCACCCAGGCAGGAGACUACAAUGAUCCAUCCUUUCUGAGGAGGCUGAUUGAGACCACAGCGCCUCCAAAACUUCAGAAGAACCUGCUGCUUUUGCUUUCCUGCCUCUGUUACAUGGCCGAUAUGGACAAGAGGCCUCUCAUUUUCUGGUAGACAUGAUUGUAUCGCAACGAACGUUCAGCAAGUGUACCGUGUCAAAAAAUUGGAAAUAAACACUGAUAAAUGAUA